AUGCCCCGAAUAAACCCCCCACCCGAACCCCAGAACCAGAAAUUCUUCGAUCCCUGGAACUCAGCUGCAACAGGUCACCAGCGCCAUGCAUCCGUGUACGCAGGAUCAGCCAGUUGGAAAGACACGCGCGCCCUAAAACUUGCACGGCAGAUGCGGAGCGGGGAUUGUUUGCUUGAAGGGGAUGCUGAUGGGGAUAAGACGGCGCGGGCGUUUGAUGGGGUAUGUACUCCAGACAUCGGACUUGAAUCGCCAUCGGAGUCGAAAUUGGAAACAAAUGGGGGUGACUCCGUUCGGCAUACUGUUAAUGGGAGUGGAGAGUGGAGGUGGGUUAAGGAUGAUGAGGCUAGAAGGAGUCGGCUGGGUGUUAGGGAUAUUAGAAGUUUUAUGGGUGUUGGGAAGAGGAAGGCUGAUGAUAUCUCGAAGCUGCCGCUCGAGAAGAAAGCCAAACUUGUAGAUGAUGGACGUGAACGUGAAAGGGCUGUUCUCCCGCUACCGUUAAAAGCAAAAUCGACCUCUAUCUCUAAUUCUACGCCUACCUCUACUUCGAGCUCGUCUAAAUUCGCAUCUACGUCUACGGAGAAAUCGCCGCAAAAAUCAAAAAUCUUCACCGGAACAACAAUUUACAUAAAUGGCUCAACGCUCCCAAAGAUUAGUGACCACAAGCUGAAACACCUAUUAGUCCAUAACGGCGCCAAGAUCUCGAUAUCCAUGACCCGCAAAUCUGUAACGCACGUCGUUGUCGGGGCGCCGAAUGCUGUCGGCGUUGGCGCUGGUGCGGGCGGUGGAUUGUCUGCUAGGAAGAUGCAGCUGGAGAUUGGUAGAGGUGGGUGGAAGGGGGUGAGGGUUGUUGGGGUUGAUUGGGCUCUCGAGAGUGUUGAGGCUGGGAGGAGACUUGCUGAGUCGAGAUUUGAAGUUCUUCAUGUUGCGGAGAAGGGGCAGAGGAGUAUUGCUGGGAUGUUUAGUCGAUAG